AUGUUUGAAGAAGUAAUUCUCGAAAAGACACAACCAUUGAGAUUAGAAGGCUUAGAGCACGAAGAAUGUUUGGAGCUCCUCAACACCCAUGCAUUUGCUGUAGACAAUCUUGAUGAUCAGAGAAAAUUAAAAUUAAAAUUAAUUACUGCUGAGAUAGUUAAAAAGCUUUCAGGGUCUCCUUUAGCAGCAAAGGUCAUAGGUGGUAUUCUGAAUUCUAAUUUGGAUGAAGGGCACUGGAGAAGAGUUUUAGAUUAUGUUCUGGAAAUUAUAAAAUUGGGUCAAAAUGAUAUCAUGUCCGUUUUAAGAUUGAGCUAUGUACACCUCCCGCAACCUCUAAAAAGUUGCUCCACAUUUUGCUCCAUAUUCCCACAAGAUUGUCUAUUUGAUAGAGAUGCUUUAGUCCGACAGUGGAUUGCAUUGGGUUUCAUUCAACCGUCUCAUUUUCAAGGAGAGACUAUGGAGGAUAUCGGAGGAAGGUAUUUUGAUGUUUUGGUUAAAAAAAAUAUCUUUGACGAGUUUGAACAAUACCACAAGAAGUGUUACAAGAUGCAUGAUUUAAUACGUGAAUUAGCACAAUCUCUUUCCAUAUAUGAAUGUUUAAGAGUUGAGGAUGGUGCAAAGUUGCCUUCUACAAUUCCUAAAACUCUUCGAUACUUGUCUGUUAACACUACAAAUCCUGACAUCAUAAAAAAUAUUGGGCAGUUUAAAUAUUUGCAUGCUCUUUUCUUGUCCUAUCUACCUUCUAAUCAGGAUAUCAGUGCACUUAUAGAAAUAUUUAAAGCAUCGAGAAGUCUACGCUUAUUAGACGUAUGUGCCCCAACCUUGAAAAUGAUACCUGAGGAGAUUGAAAAUUUGAUACAUCUUCGAUACUUAAAGAUUGAUAGUUAUGGUUUGAUUAUGCUGCCAAGAUCUCUAAGUAAUCUCUAUCAGUUGCAAUACAUUAUCAAUGAUAGGCAACAGAACACAAGCGAAACAAAAGGUGAUAAUUUUUUGCCCAGUGACAUUAAUAACCUUUCAAACUUACGUUAUGUGAUAUUGUUUGAGAAUUAUAUUUCAUCGAUAUAUGUGGGAUUGGGAAGCUAA